AUGGAUUCAGAAAUACCUAAAAAAGGAUGUAAAUGUAAAAAUGGUGCCUGUUGUAAAUGUGCUCCAGUUAGAAGAAUCAUGAAUUAAUGCAUCUAAAAUAAUGGAGAUGAUAAAUGCCAAACAUUUAGAGAUUCAUGGAAAGAAUGUAUUGCAUAUUAUAAAAGUUUAAGUUGA